AUAAAAAUUUUCCUACCCCCGAGAGCCAAGGGCAAGUUCAAAGGUUAUACAUUAGUAAUAAUCAGGGCGUUAACAGCAAAACUAAUAGUAUUUGUCAUUUUUAUAAUACCCAGUUAGAAGGAAAACUGGACCUUGCUAAAUUUAUUAACCUUAGUUAUUUAGAAAUUCGUGGUAGCAGUUUUAACAUUGAUACUUACCAAAAGCUAACCCAAUUUAAUUUAACUGAUUGUAAAAAAUUAAAAAGUUUUUACCUUUAUUAUAAUGAUGGUCAGUUAAGCAUGGAAGGAGGAAGUUUGCUUAAUGAACUUUAUUUACAAUACUGUCAAAACUUGGUUGACCUUGGACUUGCUGAACAAUUGACUAGCCUUAGUUGUCUAAAUAUUAAACAUUGUUCGCAGUUGGCUAGGAUUCAUAAUUUAGAUAAAUUGACUAACUUGAAUACACUUUGCCUUUAUGGUUGCCUUAAUUUAAGUGAAUUGAAUGGAUUAAACAAACUUACUAAUCUGAUUCUGGAUGGCUUUUCGCAAUUAAAUAGUUUAGUUAUAGACGAUUGUCCAUUACAAGAUAUUUAUACGCGUCGGCCAGUAACGGAUGAAGCCGACUUAACGAAGUCGACUAUUGAACCGAAGAAAAAGGCUGAAAGGACUAUAAAUUACUUUGCCGCCUUAAUUGGACUAAUAGUUCAGCAAACGACCAGUCUUAAACCAACCUAUUGUCUGAGAUUUUUUGGAUUAGAACUUUUCAUUAUCAAAAACUUUUCUAAUCCUAAACCCACUUUUAGCAUUUUUUACCCCCAAAAAGAAUUAAAGCAAGCCUACCAAUUAGUUAGCCAAGAUUUAUUUAAUCGUUUAGUAAAAGCCCAGCCCAGUGAAGCCAUCCAAAUUGGCACUCGCGGCUCCUUCGGCUCUUUAAAAAAGACUGAAAGCCAACAAAAGUGCGGCUGA